UGCCAUGAUUAUGGGAUGAUAGAUGACACGAUAGUCUUCACAAAGGAUGUUGUUACAAAAAACAUGUUGCUGGCUGUUGGACAAGAAGUUAUUGCCACCGUGGAAGAGGAUAAAACAUCAGGUGGCCUGAAGGCUGUCAGGGUAGACACCAUCCAGAAUACCCAAGAAGAGUCCAGUCCUACUUGUGAUGCCUCUGAACUAAAUAAGAAAACAUUAAUUGGCAGUAUUACCUCUCUCUCUGUGGAUGGUGGCUAUAUUAAUCAGAAUACAUACUUUGCAAUGCAAGACGUCUGGGAAGAUUUCAAACCUUGUGAAGGUGACUGGGUGCAAGCAAAAUAUUUUAUUAACACGACUACGUGGAAGACUGAAGCAGUUGCUGUAAGGCCUUUGAGGUAUAAACAAGUAAACAAGGUUCGCAUUUCCAGCGUCUGUGGAAGAACUGGGACAAUAGAUGACAGUAUAUUUUUCACUUUGGAUUCACUGAGACUUCCUGAUGGUUACCUACCUCGUAGACAUGAUCUAGUGAACACGAUUGUGGUGGAGAGCAGUCAGUCCUGUUACAUUUGGAGAGCUCUCUGCUUGGUGCCAGUCAGCCAGGAUGGACAAUCUCAUUCUAAUGAAGGUAAUGUGGAUGACCCGUAUGAAGACAUAAUGAGAGACAAAGGAGAGUUGAAAGUAUCAAGAAUGACUGACUUUGGAACUCUGAAGCAGGGGGAAUCUAAAAGAAUGGUGGUCUGGAUAGAGAUUCAUGGACACAGUAAAGAGCUCCUGUUGCUUGGCUUUUCUGAUUUUACUGUUGGCCGCUAUAUUGAAGCCACUGUAACAAAUGAAGAAGAAUUACUUAUAGCACCUGUACAACCUUAUUCUCCAGGAAAGCCUAAAAAUAUUCCAGAUUCUCAGCUAAGGAAGACAACAGUGGCUGCCCCUAAACAAAAAAGAAGUAAGAGAAGGUGGUGUUCAAACUUUCUCCCACAUUUUACCAUACCAGAUGAGUUAAGAAAAUGUGUGGAACAGCAAUUAGACGUACUGACCUUUCAGCCCCUCCUAGCAGAGCGUCUUAAUCUAGAUAAUUAUAAAGCAAACUUUUCUACUCUUUUAUGGCUUGAAGAGAUCAAAGCUGAAAUGGAUUUAAGAGAUUACUACAUGAGUGGGGUUACUUUAAAAAGGAAUGGGAACUUGUUAGUGCUGGAAGUGCCAGGAGUAGAAGAGGGCAGACCUCGCCUGAUUCCAGGUGAUAAGGUGAUACUGAAAAGUCAGGUCUACUCAGAUCAUAUAAUAGAGUACAUUGCCUAUGUUGCUGAGAUAUGUGAAGAAGAUGUUACUCUUAAGGUUAAUGCUGACUUUGAACGUGCUUACAACUUGGAGCCCAUGGAUGUGGAAUUUGUUCAUUGCAGUAUUCCUAGCAGGCGAUGCCAGUUGGCCAUUCAGCAAGCUGCGUACCUGGGUGAAAAAGUGUUAUUUCCAGAAAGGCUUGUGUUACAAUCACCACAAGCUAUCAAGACCCAGAAUGCUACAGAGUAUUGUGCUGUUGAUGAUGGCCUUAAACAACCUUCACAGCAGGAAAGUCAAAAAAAACCAGAACAAACAGACAAAAGGUAUGACAUCAAGGGAAGUGAACAUAACAGAGAUGCUGGUGAAACUGUGGCACUUAAACAGAGAGAUGGUGAAUUUUUCAAUCCUGUGCUGAAUGUGCAACAAAAACUGGCAGUGAAAAGGAUACUGAGUGGUGAAUGUCGCCCAACACCUUAUCUUCUCUUUGGACCACCAGGAACUGGAAAAACAGUAACAGUAAUUGAAGCUAUUUUACAGAUACACUUUACUCUGCCAGACAGUCGGAUUUUGGUAUGUGCACCAUCAAAUGCUGCAACAGAUCUGAUUUGCUUGCGGCUGCAUCAAAGCAAUCUCUUAAAACCAGGAACUAUGGUUCGAGUUAAUGCUGCCUUCAGGUCAGCAGAGCAAAUUGAUGACGUGGUGAAACCUUACUGCAAAGAUGGUGAUGAUAUUCAGAAGGCAUUGUGGUCCAGGAUUGUAAUUACAACAUGCAGCAGUGCAGGAUUGUUUUAUCAAACAGAUACACGGCUUGGACAUUUCACUCAUGUGAUUCUGGAUGAGGCAGGUCAAGCAAGUGAACCAGAGAGUCUCAUUCCUAUUGGAUUGAUUUCAGAAGCUGAUGGACAGAUAAUUCUCGUUGGAGAUCCGAAGCAGUUAGGGCCAGUAAUAAAAUCUAAACUUGCACAGUCUUUUGGAUUAAGUAUGUCCUUGCUAGAAAGAUUGUCAUUAAGAGAGCUAUAUCUGAGAGAUGAGGAUGCUUUUGGUGCCUGUGGAGCAUACAAUCCUUUGUUGAUCACUAAACUCACAAAGAACUACAGGUCUCAUUCUGCGUUGCUUGCCUUGCCAUCUAAAUUGUUUUAUCAUAAGGAGCUAGAAGUUUGUGCAGAUACCUCAGUAGUCACUUCUUUCUUGAAUUGGGAGAAAUUGCCCAGGAAGGGAUUUCCAUUAAUUUUUCAUGGAAUAAGGGGCAGUGAAACACGUGAAGGUCGCAGUCCUUCAUUGUUUAAUCCAGCUGAGGCAGUUCAAGUAAUGAUGUACUGUUGCCAACUGGCUAGAAGUGAAUACUCUGCAGUCCCAGUGACAGAUAUUGGAGUGAUUGCACCAUACCGUAAACAGGUGGAAAAAAUUAGAUUUCUUCUCAGAAAUAUUGAUUUGGAAGACAUAAAGGUUGGCACAGUAGAAGAGUUUCAAGGGCAGGAGUACAUGGUUAUCAUCUUAUCAACAGUGCGAUCUCAGAAAGUGGUAAUUGAUGAUGAAAAACACUCUUUGGGCUUUCUCUGUAACCCAAAGAGAUUUAACGUAGCAAUUACUCGAGCAAAAGCUUUGCUGAUUGUCGUGGGAAAUCCUCACGUUCUUGUGAAAGAUCCCUGUUUUUGUGCACUGUUAGAAUACAGUUUAAUCAACAGAGUUUAUAUAGGUUGUGACCUACCCGCAGAGCUGGAACACCUGCAGAAGUAA